AUGAAUGAGAAACGAAUCAAAUCCGAUGAGCCACAUUUGAGUUUGUCUUUGAAAACUCCAAUUGAAUAUAAAUCAGUUAAUAAAUUUCCAAGUCUGGAAGAAGCUCUGAAUUCAGAAAUAAAAAAUGGUCAAGUAGAUCCCAAUAUGAACAUGAAGAAGUUGAGAAGAACAAUAUCAAAUCGAUUGUCUGCUCAAAGGUCUAGGAUGAGGAAGACUGAAUACAUUGAUUUGUUGAAAAAAGAGGCCAAAGAUCUUGAGGAAAGGAUAGCUUUUUUGGGACGAAAAAUAGAAAAUGACAAAGACAACAACAAGAAGCUGCAGCUUGAGAAUCAAAUGUUGAAAUUACAAUUGGAUAGCAUCACCAACAAAUCUAAUUUACUCGCUGUGCAAAAUGAAGAGCUGGAAGCUGAGUUGAAGAGGCUUAAGGAACCUGAGGAUGAGGAAGAUGAAGAGUAUAUAGACAUAGACCAGUAUCUCAACUUUGACAACAUGAACUUUUCCCCAUCCAGGAAUGACGGCAUAUGA